UUGUCAUUCAGUCGUUAUUUAUUAUGACUUUUUUUGUGAUGUUUAUUAUGUGAAAAUUAAUUAUAAAUACAUAUGUUACACCAUUGAAUUACACUGAAAAACAGUAUGAAAUACAGACAUUAAAAAAAAGUGUAUAUAAAAGUGCAUAGCUGGGAUACAAGAUAACCUUGUCGCCAACAGCCUUGGUAAUAUUGCUGCGUCGUUUGCGGAAUCCUCGGUGCCACAUGAAUCUGGACAACUUGGAUAAGGCGCUGCACGAUUUGGGCAUGCUGAGCGCUAUAACGGAGGCCCGGCGGGACUAUUUACACGAGUCCAAAUCUAAUUACGGUAUGAUGCGACUAAACACGCGCUACGUCUCUAACGUCACCGUGGGUUAUUGUAUGAAGCGAGUUACCAACAAAAACAGACUGUGUCCUUACGUGUUGCCGAUGCGGCAUAGAACGAAGAGCGAAAACUCUGACGCGAUCGCCACCGACAUGACGGACAGUGGGCGCGAUUACUUAAACACUCUUUUGGAGCCUUCUACGAGUGGAUGCAGCAACAACGACAGUCUAAAGUGCCCCGCGAAGCGCUGCCAGUCCCUCGAAAACCUCAACAUCUCUGUGGAGCCUCAGCCUAGUCCAGACACCCCGGAACUGGACGGAGUGUCAACACGCAUUCAGAAGCUUCAAGUUGAUGAAUGACGAACCUCACCGCCACAUUGUCAUGUGACACUUAAUUAUAACAUAAAAUAAGUUGGAACGAACGUGGGUAGCAAAUAGUAUUUACAAGUAGUAUGAAGUGAUGCAAGUAAUUAAUGUUAAAUUGUGUUUUCAGUGUACUUGUAUGAUAGCAUGGAUGAGUAGUGGGUGUUGUUAAUGUUCCUAGUAAUUUCUUGGUGUAAUUGGUUAAUUUUGCAUGGUAUUCCUCAGUGAGUUUAUUAUUGUCAAGGAAGUCUGUUUGAGUCCUCUCUCCUAAGCAUUUAAAUAAAUUUGCUCAAAAAAUUGGAAUGGGUACAAAUUAUAGGGAUAUGAAAUGUAAAUUAUUUUGUAUCCACUUUUAGGUAAUUGUUUGAUAAAAGUUAUUGAGUUUGUUGACUUUGGGCGUUUGUGAUGUGUCCUAACAGUUUAUGGUUACCUUUAAUAAGUACCACCUAUGAGAGUUGUUAAGAACAAAUAUUUUGUGUUCUUUCUAAGUCACAGAUGCACUUCCUACUACCAUGCACUUGAAACUUGUUUUAUUAUUUUAUUAUAACUAUAAAGGGGUUUGAUGUUAUGUUAGAUCUAGAGAUAUAUUAGAAAUAUUAUUUUUUGGCUUAUACUUACUAUAAACAAAGUAAUUAUUAUCUAAAUCAGUGUUUUUCAAACCUUUUCAUGAUGCAACCCCCCUUAGUGUGAACAAAAUGUCUUGCUUAUGUAUGGCUUAACACUUUGACUACCGAGAACCCGCCUGGUAGGCACUCGUAAUGUUUGCUCAGAUGCCGGACAACCCGCCCAGCGGGUUGUUUUGUACGCAGAUGUAGAUGACUGGUUUCUGGGGUAGUGCGAUGUUUUUUGCCCGGUUGCGAAAGUGUUAAAAGCUGGCAGAGGCUUCGUGACCCACAGUUUGAAAAACACUGAUCUAAAUAAUCUGUUUUUACGGAUAAGUAACCAAGUGUUGAUUGCAGUUAGUCAAACAUUGUCUAUGAAUUUCAUACUUUUUGUGAACCCGCAUUGUAUUCUUUGAGUUGUUUGCAGUGUUAUUAUUUUUUAACUGUCCUUAUGUCAUAAUUCAGUCUUUUGUUAAUAAACAAAAGCAUUGUGAUAAUGACUAUGGGGCACCAGAAAAGUACAAAUUCAGUACAUUUUUUUUUUCAUCACAUAAAGCCUACUGUCUAUGCUUACGAUCAGAAGCUCUAAAAUUUGAUAUAAUAUUACAGAUUGGAAGAUAAUAUGUCAAAUUUAGGGAAUUUGCCUGUAUGAAGGUUUAAUGCUGCCUUUCCACUUUGGCAGAUAUGAGCAUACAUCGGGGUUUUCGGUGCGGGAAUGUUUUACACUAGCCAAAUAACAGGUUAAAACUGUAAAAAACGAUACUAAUUUAACAUUUUUAAGCACAUUGAAACCUUACUACCUACGUUUAAUUCAUACUUUGGUAAUUAUUUUACAAUAAAUAAAGUUAUAAAUACACAAAACCAUUCCCGCACCGAAAACCCCGAUCUAUGGAUAUGAGCAAGACAUCCAGUAAUCAACCAAUAGCAUUGAUUUCAGUCCAGUAGAGCAGAGAGGUCUCCCGCAUGUCUUCUCUCAUCUCCGCCUCAGUGGAAAGGCAGCCUAACAUCUGUAUUGAUUAGUCAUAUCAAAGAGAAUUGAUAAUAGAGAGGUAAAGUCUAAGGAAAAAACGUGCCCCUUAGUUUGACAUCCAAAACAGAUGGCGCUAUACUGCGCCAUAUGUUUUGCGGUCACUGAAUUGUCAAACGUCAACUUUUGACAUUCAGAGUUACCGCAAAAUGUAUGGAGCUGUAUAGCGCCAUCUCGUUUACCUGUCAAAUUCGAAGCACAAAAUGUCUUAGAUUUUACUCAUCUUACUCAAUCAAUGUAUCUUUGGUCAUAUUAUAAUUCUCACAAUCUGUCUCUUAAUGUGAUAAAUAAAGAUAUCCAAAUUAUUUUAACAAAGCAUUAUGUUCUAUUAUAAGAUUGUGUAGAUCUCAUUUUGUUACACAAUCUUUUAAAAAUUAUUAACUAAGGCAUAAAACCUUGUGUGAAUAUUUUCUAUACAUUGAUAUAAAUAUACCCCACAUUGCUUUUGUGACUUAGAGAUACUUAACUUUGUUAACAAAUUUUGUUAUUUUUUUCUUAUUUAAUAUUUGAAUAAAUAUUGCUUUAAAUAAUU